UCUGUUCGUUUUUUUUUCAAAAAAAAACAAUUAAAAAAAAAUGGUUGAUUAUUUGAGAUUGUUGCGAUGCUUCAGCUUCACGGCAUCGCGUGAUUGGUUAUUCCGGCAAUCAUUCGCAAACGCCGGUCUCCGCUCCGUCAUAACCGAUCUCUCCCACGGCGAUUCCACCAAAUCCACGACCUCUAUGCAUUGCUGGAUCCCCAAAUCUCCAAACCGAUCCAAACCCAACCUCCUCCUCGUACACGGAUUCGGAGCCAACGCAAUGUGGCAAUACGGCGAGCAUCUCCGAUCCUUCACCGGCCGGUUCAACGUCUACGUCCCCGAUCUCCUCUUCUUCGGACUCUCAUCCACCUCCGAACCGAACCGGACCGAAUCCUUCCAGGCUCGCUGUCUGAUGAGGCUGAUGGAAGCGCACGGAGUCCAGACGACGAACAUCGUCGGGAUAAGCUACGGCGGGUUCGUCGGGUACAGCUUAGCGGCGCAGUUUCCUGAGAAAGUGGAGAAGCUGGUGCUGUGCUGCGCCGGGGUUUGCCUUGAGGAGAAAGACAUGGAGGAUGGUUUGUUCAAGGUUCCCAACUUGGAAGAAGCCACUGGGAUCUUGAUUCCUCAGACGCCCGAGAAGCUUAAGGAGCUCAUUAGAUUCUCUUUCGUUAAGCCGAUCAAAGGUGUUCCUUCGUUUUUUCUUUGGGAUUUUAUCGAUGUGAUGUGUACGGAGUUUGUAGAGGAGAAGAGAGAUUUGAUCAAGUCGAUAUUAAAAGAUCGGAGACUUUCCGAUCUUCCUAGGAUCAAACAGAAAACUUUGAUAAUAUGGGGAGAAGAAGAUCAGAUAUUUCCAGUGGAACUUGGUUAUAGAUUGAAAAGAUAUAUAGGAGAAAAUGCAGAGAUGGUGUUGAUAAAAAAGGCAGGACAUGCUGUUAAUUUGGAGAAGUCCAAAGAAUUUCUCAAGCACUUGAAAUCUUUUCUCAUUGACUCUUUGUGAAUAUCUUGUUUUGUUCAUCUGGAAACGUUCUGUUCUGGUACCCAUCCUAUUCAUACUAGAUGGCUUUGAGGGAAAUAAGUAAUAACUUGUAGGAUUUUCUUAACGUGAAAUUUAUUGGAUUUGGUUUUGUUUGGCACA